AUGGUAGAAGCAAACUCUUCGGCAGCCCUGUCUCUGUCGGCUACGUGGAACGAGACGUCUUCGAACGGCACUUUUCGUGGCUCGCACCAGAUCUACGUAACGUCGCUCUACCUCGCCGCUUACUGCGCUGUAUUUCUCCUGAGCAUCGUUGGCAAUGUUGCAGUGGUAAUUAUGGUAUUGAAAAUAUCGAAGAACGGAGGGACCCGGGCCUGUUGUUUCAUUUUCAACCUGGUCAUGUGCGACCUUUUAGUAGGGAUAUUCUGCGUACCAUUCACGCUAAUACAGGACCUCCUCACAGACGGCGGGCUUGCUGAUCUAAUGUGCAAGAUGACGUCAACGGUGCAAGGCAUCGCAGUCUGUUGUUCCGUGUUUACACUAACAACGGUCGCCAUUCUGAGGUACAGGUGGAGGGAACACCAGCAGCAAAUGGAGAUAUCAGGGACCACAGUUCUCGUCGUGUCCAUUGCCAUGUGGGUCGUGGCCAUCCUCUUUUCCUCACCUGAACUCGUGGUGAGAAGAACUAUUGAACCAGAUCCGGAACUAGGAGGUAAACUUACUUGUACCGAUACUUGGCCUUCCUCGCAGCUUAAAAUGGUUUACAAGGGUUUUCUGUUUGCACUGUGCUUUCUCGGGCCGUUUUUUGUCAUCGGAUACCUGUGGGUGACUGUUGGGAUUAACACGUGCUGCGCAUCCAGAGAGCAGCCAGGAGUCGUUAUCGAACGCAGCCAGUCGCCGAGUGCCUCUCCAGCGAGACAGAAGGGGACCAAGUAUUUCCGCAUGCUAAAGAUCAUCGUCGCCAUCUUCUGUUUUCUGUGGCUGCCGCUAUAUGUCAGCUGGACUUUGGAGGCGUACGGGGACUAUUCCUGGUUUCUGAAAGAAAAAGUGAAAGGUUAUAUCUACCCCAUCGCCCUGUGGACUGCCUUCAGUAAUAGCUUGAUCAAUCCGUUCAUAUGCGGCUACUACACCAAGAACUUCGGUAAGAUGUGUAAAAAGAAGCCCCGGAGAAGUUGGCAGGCGCGGAAAAAUUGGGAAAAUUCCUUAUCUUCCAACAACUCGAGCUCGGACGGUAAAGCCAGUCAUAUUGAGCUGAAUUCGGUGUGUGGAUCGACGGAAAAGGCCGACGAUGACCGAGGCCGGAUCCUGGUACUGCCGACCGACAAAGAUGUGAUCCUGGAGCCGGUUGGACGGUUACCGACUGACUGCAGCACCGAACCGUUGACACGGACAGAAGUGAAGGAGUGA